AUGAAUCCCCUCUUCGACGUGCCCUCUCUCGGGACCUCUCGCCAGUACAAUGUCAUGACCGACGAGGAGCGCAAAGCUCUGUUGACUAUGAGCGCUAUGGACAAGACUGGGUGGGCACCUGAAUCGUUCAGAGAUGGUCCUUGGGGUAUCGCCGACGAUCCGCAGCACCCGUGGCGACACAAAGACGUGCCAGGCUUCUUAGGCAAGCUUGGCUACGGCACCGUGCAUAGAAUGCCUGAAAUCAUCGACGAGAGGAGGGCUAGAGCAUUGGGGAAGCUUUGGAGGGACGAGGUUUGGAGCGCCUUUCUUCCUCUGAACGAAAACAUCAGACGAGAUGGGGAUCUCAUCAUCUAUAUCCUGGCCAACGAACAAGUCCUUCCCGACCACGAAAUCUCCACGUUGCUGUCCAAUGCCUGGGAUAAGACCAAGAGAAUGCCUCUCUACGCACCACUGUUUGGUCAGACUUCGGUCACCGAAGACGCUCCCGAAGGUUACCGCGAUUACCUGAGUCACUGGCGAGGCACCGUCCGACAUGAUUGCAAGGCAGAAGCUGAUCCCAGCAGCAACAGCCAGAAAGCAGACAAGGCUAGCUGGACACGGCCGCUGCUUGAUGUCAAGAUCAAGGAGCCACAGAUAUUCAACGACUUUGUCGCUCGCAAUAUGAUCGCACUCACCAUCCCGUGGCUUCACACAAAGCAUCUCCUCAAUCGGCACACGCUCUGGAGGGUCAUCAUGGAUCGAAGUACUGCGCAGCCAUACGACUUGAGUCGAAUAGACUGGACUGCAUCCCACCUUGCUCGCUCAACACAUCUCGCCGUGCCACCGUAUCGAGAUGGAUGGUUCAUGGGGUUCCCGAACUUAGAGAUUGGUAACAAGUAUUGGACCAGCCUCGAACAGAUCAGCACCCAAACCAUCCCCACUGAUGCUCGGGUGCACUGGCAUGGUCUCAAUAUUAUUGACCCAGGCCCUAAAGAGCUUCGAGAUCCUCGCUUCGUGGCCCUGCGUGAUAGCGGCCUCGUGUAUCCUUGGGGCGAGGGUCUCCUUCUUCUCCAGUGUCAAGGAGCUAUUUCUCGCUUCAUGGAAAAUCUAGUCCCGUCUCUUCUUGAAAGACUGGCGUUAUCUAACGAAUGGCCAAAGAAGAUGCUGAAGCCGCUGAUGAGCAUAGAUCCCUAUGCGAAUGAGGCCGAGGAAGCAUCGCUCAUUGAACCUGGACUCUUCGGCCCCGACACUCAAAAGCGCAUGAUGAGCUUGAUUUUACUGGAGAAUAUCCAUCUGAGACGUUUCGCUACCAAAAGGCUAGGUUGGCUUACCUGGGAUGACCCUGAUUAUCGACCUGUGGGGGCUUCGCCUACUUCACGAGCUGCCGCGUUCAGAGACUAUUCCCUAUCUCUCUACCGCGCCUUAGCCGAGCUCAGGCAUAAUCCGAUCGUAUUCAGGAAAUUCUUUGCCGCUGUGAUGGAGGCACAUCCCGGCGGCGUACCAGAGAAUGUAGCUGCCGCAGCCUCAUGGGAAGCGAAGAGGGACAGAAAGCUGAGGGAAAAGGCAAGGAAGAAGCGCGGUGGUGCCGGUGCUGGUAAUGCCGGCACUGCUGCUGUCGCCAGAGUGUCUCCUGAAGCUCCUGCUGGUGGCGAGCUUGCAAAGGUUGACGCUACGGAAGAUGGCGAUCGGGUAGUACGCGUACUGGGCCACAUCACAAGCACUGAUAUUGACGCCAAGAAGAGUCUCGUCAACGACGUGCUGAGGCGAGGCAUCAGGGCCAUGAUCUACCGACUCGAAAUAUCUCAUGCGAUUCAUUUACUGUUCCAGGACUUUGCGAGUGCCACAGCAAAAGAUUGUCUCGAGUUAGACAAGGAGGUCAACUUCCUGGCCGAUCCGCUUCCAGGCCCUAAAUCGCGUGUGUCGUGGGAUUCUCUACUGGCACACCUACGACGAUUUGCGGAGAUUCUCAAAACGCUGCUUGUGGACGAUGGUUUGCUUCACUCGUCACCUUGGAUUAGGCAGAACUUUCAACGCGAGACUUGCAAUGGAGAGUGGGAGUCGAGAGCUGCCGUGGGGAUGUCACACAUGACCCCGUGGGCACUUCCUACUACUUUUCUUCCUUUUGAACAUCGUUUCGCACGCAACAUCGGUGCACUCCAGCGGGACGAGCAGGCCCUGGUCGACGAUUUGCAGCUACUCAACCACGGAGACGGAGAGGCUGCUGGAUUCAUCGGCAUGUGGCGUGUCAUUCAUGAGAUGGCCAACAACGUGGGAGACAUGUCGGAGCGUGGCUACUUUGAGAGCCAAAAUACUAGGGGUCUUGCGAAUACUCUGCACCAUGUUUUGAGAUGGAGCCGCAUCAUGGAAACGAUCCAUCCACUUCGCCUCAGUCCUCAGCAGUACGAUGCGCUGCUCAACGACUCAAGGCAUCUUGACUUCUUCAGAAGCUUGGACAACUUCGAUUUGGAAAGUCAUGUUGGGGCAGAUACCAUGCGAGACGUCCAAUGGCUUCUGGGGAUAAAGUACGCUGACGACGAUAAACCUCCGGUGAUGAUCGCCGAGGCUCGCAAAACCUUGCAGUCGUUUUGGGACGAGAUUGACAAGUGGCUUCGCCGCACCCGUAUCGCCCCCGCUUACGUUGACGGCAUAGAAAGGAUGCGGUUUCCGGAGAAGUUCCAGACACCCGAGCAGAUGGAACAGGCCAUCAUCGAUGGAAAGUCUGACACGGCCACAACGGAGCGGCAAAAGUGGCAGCCUUUCAGGGUAACGCAGAUUUGCGGUAAAAUCUCCACGCUCAAGCCAAGAGAGGUAGACGAACCUGCGCCAGCAGAGCCUGAGCCUCUGCCAGCCGCUGUCAUUGCGGCCAAGGAGACGAUUGAGUCGGCCAACAAGCGAUGGAUCAUGGAACGGUACGGUGGCGCCGGACGGCAUACACCAGGACGUUUCCGACCGUCCACGAGCCAAAGCCACCAAGAGCAUGAGAUUUACAGGGCCAGAGUGCGCACGAGGCUCACCCAAACCGACUGGCUGACGGUAGAGCGCACCUUUGGCCACGACACUGGCGGCAUCACGUGGCACGACUGGUGCAAGCUUGUCACGCACAUGGGCUUUCAGAUGCAGCCGAUGGGCGGCUCUAUUUUCAAGUUUACCUACACCAGCGCCAGCAUGCUUUCAAAUGGCCAAGGCCAAGCAGGAUGGAGGGACCAUACGACCCUUCACAUGCAGCAUGGGUCGGGCAAUACCACGCUGAGGCCCCAGGUGGCGCGCAGCUAUGCCACUCGCUUCUAUGCGUCGUUCGGUGUAACGAGGGACACUAUUGCUGAAGCAUACGGCACCCACGCCGAUCCCGACCCCGAGCCAGACGCCGAGGAGGAUGUCGACGAGUCGGAUGGCGAGCGCAAGCGGAACAGGAAGCGGAAGAGACAGAAGGAAAGGUUUGACAGGUGGCUGAAGGCGCAGCCUCCAGUCGUUCAUGAUGGUAAUGGGCCACCAGCCAGGCAAUUGGAGAUCCCCAUGGCCAUGCUCGAUGCAGACAUCGAGGAUGGGCCGGACGACGAAGAUGGGGGCGAGGAGGAGGCUACCGGACUAGCCGCUCCCGAUAUCAACGCCAGGAUGGCCAGGAUGCACGCCGCGCGCGAGGGCGGCUAUCUGUCACGUACGAAACGGGGGCGUGAGGGGGAGGAGGAAUACGAUGAGAUGAUCGACGAAGAGCUUGCAGAAUCUGACGAGGUGGAUGGGUCACCUCAAGAGAACGUUGAAGGGGAGUACGAGGAUGAGGAGACAGAUGAGGAGGAACGCUCACGAAAGAGAGUGCGAUUCAGCUCGGCGACGGGCUGA